AUGCAGAUGCUGAUGCCGGCUGCCCGCAGGGCCCAAGGUUCCCCAGAGAGUGCGACCGGGACACAGCGCCGACUGACGAGCCCAGAUGAUGCUCCUUCCGUGCGGAUCCGAUUGCAGAGCUCUGCAGAGGAGGUGCGGGUGCUGGGCGCCAUGCAGGUGCCCGCAAGCCUCCACGCCUUCGACUUCCGAAUCGGGUUCGGGGAAGUGAGGCUCGACGUGUCGGCGCUCGAGGGCGGCACAAUCUGCUCCCUCUUCGUGCCCGAGACGGACCUGAGGCCCGGGUUCGGCGGCAACAUCGAACUGGACCUCAGGAUUGGACGACGGGAAGCGUGUGUGCUCCGGCAACAGCUGCUCGACCUGCUCCUCGGCGCUGCGCUCAACGGCACCCUGCGUGCGGAGGGCCGCGUGAGCGGCCCCCGCUCGGAGGGCCGCGCCCGCUUCGAGGUGCCGAUGCUCCUCGCCCUGGCCGGCCUCCCGGGCUCGGUGCGCCUCGGGGACGGCGGCGGCCACGCCGUGCUGAGCCUGAGCCCGGCCGAGCUGCUCGGCGGGGGCGACGACGCGGCGAGCCCUGCCCCGAGCCCGGCGCCGCCGCAGGGUGCCGCGGGCGCGCGGCCAGAGCUGGACGAGUGCGACCUGUCGCUCGGGACCCCGUCCCUCCUCAGGCUCGAGGUCGUCGGCGGGGGCGAGGCCGGGCAGCCCCUCGUGCUGCCCUGCCUGCAGGAGCUCGGCGGCGCGCGCAACGGGCAGGAGUGCCCAGACGGCUCCGCCGGCGAGGGCCCCUUCGAGGCGCGUCUCGCGGUCGAGUUCGCAGCGCGGCUGCCGUGCCUGCUGCGGAUGCCCUACGUGCUGGAGCUCCCGGCCCUCCGCGCGCAGGUGGCUGGCGGGGCGCUCUCGGAGUCGGCGCGCCUGGUGCAGGUGAGCACGGAGCCCUUCAGCUACAAGAGCCAGGAAGACGAGUGGUCGCGCAUGGAGCUCGAAGACCAGGCGUUCGAAGUCUACACCGAUGGAGAUUCGGGGAGCCUUUUGGACUCGCUGCUGUCGGUGCUCCACGUGGAGUUGGAGCUGAGCAGCAGGGUGGAAGGUAUCGUGACAUGGUGCGCCUGCGCCUGGCAAGAUGUGAAGUUGUGGCUUACGAACGAGCAUGGCCAGGCCAUUGCCUCGGUGGUCGAGGGUUGCAGCCAGCAGUCGGAUGGCGCAGUUGUCUACGGAACAGUACAUGGGUACGCUGGAAAGCAUAUUGUACAGCAGGUCUUUGACACGUUUGUGCUCAAUGGCGCGACCAGCAGAGUCAUCGCCACAGCCAACUUCUCGUACACCACAUCCCUGGGGCGCCUGCAGAGCAUUGUACUUCCUGCGAGCAUUUCACGAACCCUGGUGGACGAGCUUGGUGGCAGCUCCUGUCGGAGGUUAUCGCAGCUGCUGUGGGGGUUUGUGGAGCCGCUCAGGUCUUCAAGAGAGUCGUUGUCAUCUGGGCAGGCAUGGAACGAAGUUGGGCGGAGGCUGAGUGAGACGCAGGAACCCUUCGACAUAGGUGAGAUGAAAAACGACUUUUCGAAGAUGCUCGAACAAGGUGUCGUAAGCGUUGACUCUGUUUGGAACAUUGGUUCGAUGUUAUUUUCGGACGUCGAGGUAAUACUAGAGAAUUUCGCGAUUAACAACAUACUCGCCUUCGGCAUUGGCAUCCACAGUGUCGAUGUGAAAAUGUCGAUGAACGAUGUGGAUGGAGCGAUGUGGCUUUUAGAUCAUUACGGCCCCGCCUUCGCCUUUCAGUUUGCGCACGUGGUUUUGGACAGCGACCUACUCGGGGACUUCUUCGUGGACGCUGCUCACAAGAGGGUAUUCCCAGAGUUUGUCGUCACGAUCCCGAGCGACUAUGAGACCUUGGUGCGGUUGUACGACGAGGUCGUGGAACGCGAACGGUUGUGUGCGAACGUGGACGUCGUCAUCACGGCUUUCUUGCAAUCUCCGGGUCAGGACGCCUACGUGUUAGAAGAGCUCGAGAUUGGGAUGACCAGUGUGGAUGCACGACGCUUCGCGUCCGCCGCCCGCCCGCUGGCGGAGUCGCAGAAGCGACUUAUGAUGAACGCAGAGGUUUACGACGAGAUCUCGUUGGGCGGCGCCACGACGGUCGGCAGCGCAACGCUCGUCGGCGGUGCCGUGGAGCUCGCCUCCACAUACUCGGACGGAGGGGCGAUUUGGUCAGUUUCACGAGUGGCUGUGGCGGACAGUUGGGAGGCGACCUUCGAGUUCAAGGUCAGUGAAUAUUGUUGGUUCGUCUGCGCCUCGGUUGGAGGAUACGGUUUUGCGUUUGUCCUGCAGGACGGCCCCAGCGACGCCGCUGCCAACGGCGACGACGAUGGCGGUGGUUACUCGGGCAUCGACAACAGCAUCGGAGUUUUGCUGUACACGCGAUAUAAUGUGCUCGGGUUCGGCAACGAGCUGUAUGUUUAUAAGAACGGCGCGACUUCCUCAGGCGACGAGCUUGCGACAGCAACCCUGCCAGAGGGCGUGAGCGACGGCAGCUGGCAGUCUGCGAAGGUCGUCUACUCUGCCGCCUCGGGCCGCAUGUGGGUAUACGUUCGAGACAUGGAAGUCGCCCUCACCACCUUUCAGGUGGACAUGGACUUUGCGGAUGAGAAUGGACAGGCGCACGUCGGCUUCACCGCCUCCAAUCCGAGUGGUGGAGGAAUUUCUACGUUCGUUAUUCGAGAUCUAGUUUUCAAGGGGGCAGCCACCAGUGUCCAGCACAGCAGGAUUACAGAGGACGGCCUCGCGAUCGGCCCCGCAGGCUCAAGCGUAAGUUUCACGUUACUUUCCUACACGUCGUGCGACCGCCAGAGGUUGAGUGGUGGAGAUAGUUGGCUCUUCGACCUUGUCAAGGGAUCUGAGAUCCUCAGCCUCGCUCCAGAAAGUUCUGUGACUUACUCUAUUCGCGACGACGGUGACGGCACGUACACCGUUGAGUUUCUGGCCGCUUCCGCUGGCACGUGGACAGUCAAGGGCACGAUUAGCCCUGGUGCGACCAAGCAGGUAGAGCGGCGGAUCCCCGGCGGGUCUGAGGAGCUGGGCAGCUUCACGAUGGUCGGCAGCGCGGAGGGCGUCGGCGGGGCCGUGGAGCUCGCCUCCGCGGUCUCGGACGGGGGGGCCACUUGGUCGGUUUCGCGAGUAGCCGUAGUGGACAAUUGGGCGGCGACCUUUGAAUUCAAGGUCAGCGUUGGUGAAGUUUGUGGUUGGUUUUUGUGCACCUCGGAUGGCGGAUACGGUUUCGCGUUUGUCCUGCAGAGCGGCCCAAGCGACGCUGCCGCCAGCGGCGACGACGGUGGCGGUGGUUAUUCUGGUAUCGACAACAGCAUCGGAGUGCUGUUGUACACAUAUGAGACUUGGUUCUUAGGCAACGAUCUGUAUGUAUAUAAGAAUGGUGCGACAUCGUGGGGCGACGAUCUUGCGACGGCACCUCUGCCAGAUGGCGUGAGGGACGGCAGCUGGCAGUCUGCGAAGGUCACUUAUUCUGCCGCCUCGGGCCGCAUGUGGGUAUAUGUCCAAGACAUGGAAGUCGCCCUCGCCACGCUUCAAGUGGACAUGGACUUUGCGGAUGGGAAUGGAAUGGCGCACGUCGGCUUCACCGCAUCCAAUAGUGGUGGAGGAUUUUCUUCGUUCAAGGUCCGGAAUCUUGUUUUCGAGACCGCUACGCCAUGUUAGUCGAGCAGUUUCUCCAGGUUCUCAGCAUGCCAUUUGCAAGAAGGAGCGGUGAUUGACCGAGGCCACGGUCAAGAGGCCUCAGGUUCCCUGGCUUUCUGAGUUUGCGCUGGUGUGCAGCAGGUUAUUUCGGCAGUUGGCUCGAUUGACCGAUCUUUGUUUUGCCCCGGCAAGUUUCACCCGAUUGCUUUUUCCCAGCGUCUCGGCUUUCUGUUGUACGGCAGGUUCGCGCCGCGUCGACCCUACGUCUGCGACAGCACGGGCGUUCAGGGAUUGAAGGUUGGCUGCGGUCUGAUUUCGGCCAGGCUUGAGCGUCCACCGCUGUCGGACAGGGUCGCUCAGGACUGAACGCGACACACGUGGAGUCAUGAGCCGCCGCCCCGCGUCGUCACGACAGCAGCCCGCCGCUGCUCCGAUGUUUGUAUCACCCUCGUCAGCCCGAGGGCUUGUCUCCCCCCCUCUCCCUCGGACCCCACCUGCUACGGCCCCACUUGAGCGGCCUCCAUGCCCAUCGUCCUCCCCCUCCUACUCCCUUUUAUUCAAUGUCUCACGUCGUCGCUGAAGGUCUAGGUGCCUGCUGUGCGACGAACUCGGCCGCCCCUACAUGGAGACACUGUGAGACGGCUGCUGGCCGAAAAGAG